AUGCUGCUGCCCGUGUUCACUCUGAAACUGCGCCACAAAAUCAUCCCUGGCACGGUGGCCAUAGGGCGCUACGACGGGAUCCACCCGUGCCUGGCGGCUGCCACUCAAGCGGACAAGGUUUUUAUUCACAACCCUCAUGCACGGAGCCAGCAUCUGAGUGCCUCCAGAGCCAUCCAGAGCCCUCUAGAGUCAGAUGUUUCGCUUCUCAACAUUAACCAUGCAAUCAGCUGCCUGACUGCAGGAGUUCUGAACCCUCAGCUUGGCUAUGAUGCCCUUUUAGUGGGGACACAGACUAAUCUUUUGGCUUACGAUGUUUACAAUAAUUCAGACUUGUUCUACAGAGAGGUGGCGGAUGGGGCCAAUGCAGUUGUGUUGGGAACACUGGGAGACAUUUCCCCUCCUCUUGCGAUUAUCGGUGGAAAUUGCGCUCUGCAGGGUUUUGAUCAUGAAGGAAAUGAUCUCUUUUGGACGGUUACUGGAGAUAAUGUUCAUUCUUUGGCCUUGUGUGAUUUUGACGGUGAUGGGAAGAAAGAGCUUCUUGUUGGAUCUGAGGAUUUUGAUAUCAGAGUUUUUAAAGAAGAUGAGAUUGUGGCAGAAAUGACAGAGACAGAGAUAAUUACCUCUCUGUGUUCCAUGUAUGGCAGUCGAUUUGGUUACGCCCUUUCCAAUGGCACAGUUGGAGUUUAUGACAAAACGGCCCGAUACUGGAGAAUCAAAUCUAAAAAUCACGCCAUGAGCAUUCAUGCUUUUGAUCUGAAUUCUGAUGGAGUACCCGAACUGAUAACUGGUUGGUCCAAUGGGAAGGUCGAUGCUCGAAGUGACCGAACCGGGGAGGUCAUCUUUAAAGACAACUUUUCUUCUGCAAUUGCUGGUGUGGUCGAGGGCGAUUACCGGAUGGAUGGCCAUGUACAGCUAAUCUGCUGCUCAGUGGAUGGAGAAGUCCGGGGCUACCUGCCAGGCACAUCUGAGAUGCGGGGGAACCACAUGGACACCACUGUAGAGCAGGACCUGAUCCGAGAGCUCAGCCAGAAAAAACAGACUCUGUUGCUCGAACUCCGUAACUAUGAGGAAAACACCAGGGCUGAAUCGAACAGUCUGUUGAGUGAGGCUGAUGGGCCUCGGGGCAUCAUCCCAGCCAACACCAAGCUCCACACCGCCCUCUCAGUCAGCCUGGGGAGUGAGACUCAAGCUGCGCAUGUGGAAUUGUGCGUUUCCACUUCCAAUGACACCAUCAUCCGGGCAGUGCUGAUUUUUGCGGAGGGGAUUUUUGUAGGUGAAAGCCACGUGGUUCACCCCAGCAUUCACCACCUCUCCAGCUCCAUUUGCAUCCCAAUUACACCUCCCAAAGAUGUCCCAGUGGAUCUGCACUUGAAAGCCUUCGUGGGUUACAGAAGCAGCACCCAGUUUCACGUAUUUGAAUUGACAAGACAGCUCCCCCGGUUUUCCAUGUAUGCGCUGACCAGCCCAGACUCUGCCAGUGAGCCACUCAGUUAUGUCAACUUUAUCAUUGCUGAACGGCUGCAGAGGGUUGUAAUAUGGCUCAGCCAGAACUUCCUGUUACCGGAGGACACUCACAUUCAGAAUGCUCCAUUUCAAGUGUGUUUCACGUCCUUACGGAAUGGUGGCCAGCUGUGUAUAAAGAUGAAACCUAGUGGGGAGAUCACUGUAAAUACUGAUGACAUUGAUUUGGCUGGUGAUAUCAUUCAGUCGAUGGCAUCAUUUUUGGUUAUUGAAGACCUUCAGGUAGAAGCGGAUUUCCCUGCUUACUUCGAGGAAUUACGGAAGGUGCUGGUCAAGGUGGAUGAGUACCAUUCUGUGCAUCAGAAGCUCAGUGCUAACAUGGCCGACAACUCUAAUCUCAUCAGAAGUUUGCUGGUCCGAGCUGAGGAUGCUCGUCUGAUGAGGGACAUGAAAACAAUGAAGAAUCGCUAUAUGGAACUGUAUGACCUUAAUAAGGAUUUGCUAAAUGGAUAUAAAAUUCGCUGUAACAAUCACACAGAGCUAUUGGGAAACCUAAAAGCAGUAAAUCAGGCGAUACAAAGAGCAGGCCGGCUGCGUGUUGGAAAAGCAAAGAACCAGGUGAUCACUGCUUGUCGAGAUGCAAUUCGAAGCAACAACAUCAACACAUUGUUCAGAAUAAUGCGAGUGGGGACAGCUCCUUCAUAG